AUGUCUCUGCUUUUACGAAGUGCAAAUGGGUUCAUUCGGGGUGGGAAGAAGCAUUUAUUCUUACUGACACGGACGUUCGCGACUACUUCGAGGAGGUUCGAAAUUAAUAAAAUCUACCCCUCGGCGACGGAAGCCAUCAAAGACCUAACAUCCGACUCCACCCUCCUAGCCGGUGGCUUCGGCCUCUGCGGUGUUCCGGACACCCUGAUAGGCGCACUGCGCUCUAAACCAUCGAUCAGAAACCUGACCGCAGUAUCCAACAACGCUGGUGUCGACGGCUCCGGCCUGGGAAUCCUGCUUGCCUCGGGCCAGAUCUCGAAAAUGAUCGCCUCUUACGUGGGAGAGAACAAGACCUUUGAGCAAAAGUACCUCACGGGAGAAAUCGAACUGGAACUCACCCCGCAGGGCACACUUGCUGAGCGCUGUCGUGCCGGUGGGGCAGGUAUCCCCGCAUUCUACACCCCAGCGGCGUUCGGCACCGUAGUCCAAACCGGCGAAUUGCCGGUCCGGUAUAACCCCGAUGGCACAGUCGCGGCCUACAGCAAACCGCGCGAAGUCCGAGUCUUUGAUGGCAAGAGCUACGUGAUGGAAGAAGCCAUCCGGGGCGACGUCGCGUUCGUCAAAGCCUGGAAAGCGGAUUCUCUAGGAAACUGUCAAUUCCGGUUCUCCGCAGCCAACUUCAACGGCGCCAUGGGACGGAACGCGACGCUCACCGUCGUCGAAGCGGAGAACAUUGUGCCGGUUGGCGGUAUCGAUCCGGCAGCCGUGCACCUACCUGGGAUAUACGUCGACCGCGUAAUUCAAUCCACAACCCCAAAGAACAUCGAGAGACGAUCCACCGCACCGGGGAAACCGCCCUCGAAGCGGAAACGCAUAAUCCGCCGCGCUGCGAAAGAGUUCCAAAACGGAAUGUACGCAAACCUAGGCAUCGGCAUGCCAAUGCUCGCACCAACAUUCGUAGACCCAAACAUAACCGUGCAACUGCAGUCCGAAAACGGAAUAUUAGGGCUCGGGCCAUACCCUCGCCGCGGUGACGAGGAUCCGGACCUCAUCAAUGCGGGCAAGGAGAUUGUCACGCUUGCCCCCGGCGCAAGCAUAUUCGGCUCCGACGAGAGCUUUGGUAUGAUCCGCGCUGGGAAAAUCGACCUUACAAUUUUGGGUGCUAUGCAGGUGGGUAUGUACGGCGAUAUUGCGUCGUGGGCCUUGCCCGGGAAGAUCAAGGGCAUGGGAGGCGCUAUGGAUCUUGUGAGUAAUCCGGGGAAGACAAAAGUCGUUGUUACGAUGGAGCAUUGUGAUAGGAAGGGGAAUGCGAAGAUUCUUGAGAAAUGCAUAUUCCCACUCACCGGCCGCACCUGUGUUUCCCGGAUCAUUACCGAGUUGGGCGUGUUCGACGUAGACUUUGAGAAGGGGCUUACUCUUGUUGAGAUUGCGGAGGGGGUGGAGGUUGAUGAGAUCAGGGCGAAGACUGGCGCGCCGUUUGCUGUUUCCGAUGGGUUGAAGCCCAUGCUUUAGGAAUGCUUUUCUUCUUUCUUUCGCAUGAGGGGCACUGUAUGUAGGUGGAAUUCGGGUUUCUUUAAGUUGUUUAGGUUUACGGGGUUUUUUUUCUCUUUAACUUGCACAAAGGUGUUCCUGGGCGGAUAUGAAUGAUUGUCUUGCUGUAUAGUACAUGUAGGUGUGGUUACGAUAUUAGAAGAUUAUCAUAGAUA